AGCACGGCUGCCGCCUACUGCAAGGAAAUGAUCAAUCCUACUAGCCAAGACAGAGGGAUGAGUUGACGAGGCCGUCUCUUCUCGUCGUUUCGCUGAGUGUUCGCUGGCACUUCUACCACGCCGGCAGUUCUAUCUUCGAUUGGGCGAGACGCAUUCUGGCGUCGCCAUCGCCGCUACGGGCUCACCGAUGCCAAAACGUCACCCUGCCUGAUUCUUCUCACUUUCCUUUCUCAUUUCCCAGCGAGUCCCUCCCAAACUGAUAUAUGACGCUUUUCAUCGCGUGACCCAAUUACAGCAACAGAAAAAAAUGGCCUUCUACGAUGACUACGUGGCAAACCCGACGACCGACGACGAGGUUCUGUCUUUUCUCCGGCUGAAGCGCGACCAGCUGCGCACCGAGCUGUCCGACCACGAGUCCCUGUUCGCGGAGGUGGCGGAAAAGCACGAGAAAACGAAAAAGAACCUCGACAAGGCCUUCGACUACGCCAGGAUGAACAGUUACUCGAACUUUUCCUCGGCCGGCGACGGUGGGGGCGGACUGAUGGGUACCGGCGCGGGCGCCAGCCGAAACCUGAACCGCCCGGCGUCCAAGUUGCGCAGCAGCGGGGGCGGGUCGAUGAACGCGCUGCACCAAAUCGCGGAGUGCGAUGAAGAGGAGGAGGAGGAAGAGGUGCAAAUAGAUCGAGAGGCGAGGAUUCCACAACCAAAUAAUAAUCAGGAAGCUCCACAACUACCACCGGAGAAAGAGCCGCGGACUUUUAGGGUCUUGAUGAAGGAAAACAAACGGCUCUUGCAGGAAACACUGAACUUCCUGAAAAGCAUUCACGGCGUGCUGCAACAGUACAAACAGUAAUCGAUCAUGAGGCUGACCAAACGAUGCAGUUUUGAAGCUGUUGUACGCGAUCUUCAUUCUAAUGCACGGGAUGCUAGUGGAAGUGGUUCUGCUUGUGAUAUUGAAGUCAUCACCUAUGUAGAAAAACGAAAUGUAAAAGAUUUGAGGAAAUGAAAUGAAUCUUCGCGGAUUUGUAACCACACCGCGACCCAUUGUAAAAUGCCAAACAGUGCGUGAACAUUAUGCGCUCUCUGUACGACAGAACAAAGCUGGAAAAUUGUACGAAUUUGAAAAUUGAGCCAGUUUCGUG